AUGCAGGUGUGGACUCCAGAACACUGCACCGUCAACGUGGAGGUCCGGGAAGACGGCACGGUAGCAUUCCAGCGCGACGCGAAGACGAUGCAGAACCCGAUCUUCGUGGCGUGGGCCGACGGCUUCCCUACCCUCGGCAACUGCCCCAGCCAGUGUACCGAGAGCGUCGCCGGGUGCAACUGCCCCAUCUUCGUGGAGGAGCGGGCCGUUUUCGCUGCGGUCCCGAGCAGGUCGGAGCUCCUCGGCGAGGUGGGCCGCCUGCGCAUCGGCGCGCUUCCUCCCUCGGCCUCCGCCACUUGCCUGGCGCCCUGCGACGGAGAGGUGAAGGCGUACACCGAUGGCGGGAGCGAGAGUUUGGCAGGGAGCACCGUAUUGGAGUGCGACGGGGUCUACUACAGGAACUCGGAGAGUGUCGUUGAAGUGGCCGGGUACAGCUUCCGCAAUCCGCCUGUCUUCGCGCUCGCCACGGAGAUUACUGGCGAGUCGGUGCGAACAGAGGAAGCCUUAGCUGAAGUGGAGGCUUUGCUGGACCACCUCUUCCGCCACCCCAACUUGCCGCCUUUCGUGUCGUUCCGGCUGAUCCAGCGCAUGGUCACGUCCAAUCCGACGCCAGCCUACGUGUCCGCCGUGGCUCAGGCCUUCAGCACUGGCGUGUACAAUGGCGAGACAUACUCUGGCGAGUACGGAGACCUCGGUGCGACAUUCGCGGCUAUUUUGCUACACCCGGAAGCCAGAGGGUCUGUUUCGAGCAACUCAUCGGGGAAGCUACGCGAGCCCGUGAUCAAGAUCAUGCAUUUCUUACGCUCCAUGGGUUACGUAGAUCUGCUAGGACGCCAGGUUCUGAUAAAUGACCUUGAAGAAGUGAUUGGACAGUGGCCCUACGAAUCGCCGUCCGUCUUCAAUUACUACAACGUGGAGUUUUCGCCAGCAGGCCUCCCCGAUGACAUGUUUGCGCCCGAGUUCGAGCUGUUCACGCCUCCGUUUGCGCUCAAGUGGCUCGAUGGCAUGCUGGCCGUGGUCGAUCGGGGCGAACUUAGCAGCUGCGGCAGUGGCUUCGGCCAGACCACUCGCACCUGCAAUCAGCCCGAGGGGAGCCUUACCCUCUCCACGUCCCUCACCAGCAGCACCGCCAACGAGACCUUUGCGGAGGUCUCCCUGCUUCUGACCGGCGGGCGCAUCGGAGACACGCGUGCUUUCGACGCAGCUCUGGGUGCCUCUGCGGACGGCGACCACCUGAAGGCGGCCAUGCGCACCGUCCUCAUGUCGCCCGAGUUCCACACCCUGGGCAGCCCCGCAGCGGCGGGCGAGCGCGCCGAGUCGCCCGAGGAGGCGCCCACGCAGCCGGGCUCUUACAAGGCCAUGGUCCUGCUCUACCUCAACGGGGGCGCGGACACCUUCAACCUGCUGGUGCCCACCUGCGCCGACCUCUACCAGGAGUACCUCACCGUCCGAGGGAGCAUCGCGCUGUCCCAGGGCCGGCUUCUGGAGAUCUCGGCGGACACUCAGGCCUGCGGCACCUUCGGCAUCCACAACGCCCUUCCCUUCGUCCGCGACCUGUACGUGGACGGCCAGCUGGCCUUCGUGAGCAACAUCGGCGGCCUGGUGCAGCCCACCACGCUGGCGCAGUACAAGACCGUGCGCAAGUGCGCCGGGCUGUUCUCGCACCUCGACCAGGUGAACGGCGCGAUGACGCUGCAGUGCCAGAAGCAGGGCGCGUCCCCCAAGGGCUUCGGCGGUCGCCUGGCCGACGCCCUGGCCGCCGAGGGCUUCAGCACGACCACGUUCUCGCUGGCGGGCACGUCGACGUGGGCGCUGGGCCAGAACAUCAGAACAGAGAUCAUCGACGGCGGGGGCGCCGCGGUUCGCUUGGACGGGUACGAGCAGUUGCAGUCAAUCGUGGGGAACAUCACCAGCAUCGAGUACGGCAACGUGUACGCUGACGAGUACGUGCGGGAAUUCGCUGGAGCCGUACGGUCCAGCGAGAGGCUGGGGUCGAUCAUCGACUCGGCGGCGCUCACGACCUCCUACAGCGCCAGCAGCACACUGUCCAAGAAUCUGCGAGGGGUCGCCCGGCUCAUCUCGACGAGGACUGCGCGCGGGGCGGAGCGGGAUUUCUUCUAUGUGGAGAUGCGGGGAUUCGACACACACUCCUCCCUGGACGAGAUCCUUGAGGAGAAGUUCGCUGAGCUCAACGAUGCCCUGCAAAGCUUCGUGCUCGAGCUGAAGGGUCAGAACAUCUUUGAUUCCGUGGUGCUAGUGACCAGCUCCGACUUCGGGCGCACGUUGUCCUCGAACGGCCAGGGCAGCGACCACGGCUGGGCGGGAAAUCACUUCAUGCUGGGCGGCAGCGUCAAUGGCGGUCACAUUUUCAACCGCUUCCCCGAGUCUCUGCUGAGUGGAAAUGCUCAGGACUUGGGGCGAGGAAGGCUGAUCCCCCAGUACCCGUGGGAGAGCAUGAUGACACCGAUCGCGCAGUGGAUGGGCGGCCAGUCGUCGUCGCGGCGCAGCGCCAGUUGGUUGGGCCCCGUCUUCCCGAACCUCGCCAACUUCAACACCUCGGCGGACAUCAUCAGCGCUGACACGCUGUUCACGGGCUUCACUCUGAGCCCUACGCCAAGCCCCACGCCGAGCGCCACCGCAAGCCCCACGCCGAGCCCCACGCCGAGCCCCACGCCUGCCCCAGUGGUGACCAAGACGUUGUCCGAGGUGGCGGGGGGUGUCACAGAAGUUCUUGUGGCGUCCACGGACUCCACGUCGGCGAUGCCAUCGCGAUCGAGGGCGGAGGCAACCGCGAGACGAGGGUCAUCGUGGAGAUCCGGGCCUCGCGCGCCACGUGGGCGUCGGCGGCGGUCGGCACCCUCGUGCUGGACGGCGCCCUGCUGCACCACUACCCCGCCGACUCCAGCGUCACUCUGGUCGUUACCGCGGCGCCGUCUGCAGCUCCGACUCCUGCGCCGACUCCGGCGGUCGCGGGUGUGGGCGCCACUGGCGAUCCCCACUUGA